ACGCCGAAUCAAAACAACCCGGGCCCGCCCCUCGCCGCCCCGGAGCGCCCCGAGUCCGCACCCCGAACCCCGAACCCCGCGUCCGCAGACCUAAGUCCCUAGCUCCGCGUCCGCGCCCGGAACUGGGCGUCCGCGCCCCGAGCCCGAGCACGAGCCCAGCGUCCGCGCCCCGUCCGGGAUGCGCAGCGCGGGCCGCGGGGAGCCGCCUGCGCUGACGCCGGGUGCCGGACGCCCGCGACAUGCCCAACCCCAAAGCCAGUAGGGGCGGCCGCAAGAGCAAGCGCGCCAACAGCAGUGGGGACGAGCAGGAGAAUGGGGCGGCGGGCCUGGCGGCGGCGGGCGCAACGGCCGCGGGCGCCCUGGCGACGGCCGGUGGGGGCUGCGGGGUGGUGGCGGGACCCGGGGGCGCGGGAAUCGGCCCCGCCACCGCCGCUGCUGCUGCGGGGGCCGCUGCCGCCGCGGGCGACGCCAGGAACGAAGCCCCCUGUGCCACGCCCCUGAUCUGCAGCCUGGGGCGGCCAGUUGACCUGGAGAAGGACGACUCGCAGAAGGUGGUGUGCAACAGCGACCACUGCCCCUGCAGCCCCUGGAUGCACCUGCAGUGCUUCUACGAGUGGGAGACCAGCAUCCUGGCCCAGGUGAACUGCAUCGGCCGUGCGCGCAGCUGGAACGAGAAGCAGUGCCGCCAGAACAUGUGGACCAAGAAGGGCUACGACCUGGCCUUUCGCUUCUGCUCCUGCCGCUGCGGGCAGGGCCACCUGAAGAAGGACACGGACUGGUACCAGGUGAAGCGGAUGCAGGACGAGAGGAAGAAGAAGGCUGGGGUGGAGAAGAGUGCCGGCAGGGCCCCAGGGGAGCCCGGCGAGGAGGCAAAGAAGUGCCGGCCACCAAGCAAGCCCCCGCGAGGCCUGGGCCACGACCUGCCCCGGCGGCUCUCCACGGACCGGCAGGGCUCCCAGGACAAGGCGCUUGGCGGGGCACCCUAUGGCCCCCGCUCGCCCGGGGGCUCCCCUGGCCAGUCGCCGCCCACCGGCUACUCCAUCCUGUCCCCCGCCCACUUCAGCGGCCCCCGCGCCUCCCGGUACCUGGGGGAGUUCCUGAAGAAUGCCGUCCACCUGGAGCCCCACAAGAAGGCCCUGGUCGGGGGCCACAUGUUCCGGGGCGCCCACCUCGAGUGUGGCGCGGCUGGGCUGGGGGGCCACAGGCCGGGGCCCUUUGACGCCCCCGUGCAGUUCCUGCGGCGGCUGGACCUGUCCGAGCUGCUGGCCCACAUCCCCCGGCACAAGCUGAACGCCUUCCACGUGCGGAUGGAGGACGAUGCCCAGGCGGGCCAGGGCGAGGACCUGCGCAAGUUCAUCCUCGCCGCCCUCAGCGCCAGCCGCAGGAACGUGGUCAACUGUGCGCUGUGCCGCCGCGCGCUGCCUGUGUUCGAGCAGUUCCCGCUGGUGGACGGGACGCUGUUCCUGAGCCCCUCGAGGCACGACGAGAUCGAAUACGAUGUUCCUUGUCACCUCCAAGGGAGACUCAUGCACCUGUACGCUGUGUGCGUAGACUGCCUCGAGGGUGUGCACAAGAUCGUCUGCGUCAAGUGCAAGUCGCGCUGGGACGGCAGCUGGCACCAGCUGGGCACCGUGUACACCUACGACAUCCUGGCUGCCUCCCCCUGCUGCCAGGCCCGCCUGAACUGCAAGCACUGCGGGAAGCCGGUGGUCGACGUGCGCGUGGGCAUGCAGUACUUCUCUGAGUACAGCAACGUGCAGCAGUGCCCGCACUGCGGCAACCUGGACUACCACUUCGUGAAGCCAUUCUCCUCCUUCAAGGUCCUCGAGGCUUAUUGAUGAACGCUCUGCUUUAGUCACAGCUAUUUUAUGGACACAAUUGCUUUAUUACGUAUCUUUUAUAGGGAAGCGUUCUGUGACAUUUGUGUUUUUCUAACUUCACGGGGAGUCCUUCUGUUUAUGUCUGCCGUGGAACAGCUCCCUCGAGUCCCGGGCGUUCGUCUGGGUCACAGCCCUGCCCAGGGGUGCCCUGUGCAUUUAGGAGCAGCCACCAUCGCCAAGGGUCUCCAACACAACCUGCAGGUGGCAGGGAGGACAGGAGAACUUAGGGAAGGGGUGACAUGACCACAAACAAAAAGCAGGAGGAGUUGGGAGAAACCUCACUAAAAUGGUAACUUUCUCAAGACCCACCCUAGACCUUCCCUGGGCCUUGGGGAGAACCUGUGACGGGGGCGUGUGCGUGUCCGAGAGCUGACUGGUGGGGAGAACCUGUGACGGGCGUGUGCGUGUCCGAGAGCUGACUGGUGGGGAGAACCUGUGACGGGCGUGUGCGUGUACCCGAGAGCUGACUGGUGGGGAGAACCUGUGACGGGCGUGUGCGUGUGCCCGAGAGCUGACUGGUGGGGAGAACCUGUGACGGGCGUGUGCGUGUACCCGAGAGCUGACUGGUGGGGAAACCUGUGACGGGCGUGUGCGUGUCCGAGAGCUGACUGGUGGGGAAACCUGUGACAGGCGUGUGCGUGUCCGAGAGCUGACUGGUGGGGAAACCUGUGACGGGGGCGUGUGCGUGUCCGAGAGCUGACUGGUGGGGAGAACCUGUGACGGGCGUGUGCGUGCCCAGGAGCUGACUGGUGGGGAAACCUGUGACGGGCGUGUGCGUGUGCCCGAGAGCUGACUGGUGGGGAGAACCUGUGACGGGCGUGUGCGUGUACCCGAGAGCUCACUGGUGGGGAGAACCUGUGACGGGCGUGUGCGUGCCCAGGAGCUGACUGGUGGGGAGAACCUGUGACGGGGGCAUGUGUGUGUCUGAGAGCUGACUGGUGGGGAGAACCUGUGACGGGCGUGUGCGUGUCCGAGAGCUCACUGGUGGGGAGAACCUGUGACGGGAGUGUGCGUGCCCAGGAGCUGACUGGUGGGGAGAACCUGUGAUGGGGGUGUGUGCGUGUCUGAGAGCUGACUGGUGGGGAGAACCUGUGAUGGGCUUGUGCAUGUGCCCGAGAGCUGAUUGUGGCUGCCCGUCCUGGCUGGGUGCUCUGUGGCCACCUCUUGACCGGAGUGACCCUCACGGAUGGAUGGCCUGGAUGUGCGCAGUGCUGUCUCUAUCACUGUCAUCAUUUAACAGUUUUUCAUACUGAAAAUACUCAACUUAAAAGACAUAUGAAAGUUAUUGUGUUGCACAUAUUUUUAGGUAAGCUGCCUUACAGCAGAUAGAGUUUGUUAAAGAGAUUUGGAAAUGGGGCACACUGAUUCAGAUGGGCAAGGAAUGCAGGACUCUGUCAUUUGAAUUGUGUCUUUGAAGUUGUUCCAACGAGCUCUGCAAGGGGACGAGUGCAUAGCAGGAUUCGACUGGUGUAGUUGCCAUCAGAUGCCAGGGUCCCCCCAGGUAAGCCUCACAACACAGAACCAGCCUUCGCCAAACUCAUCUUCCCCCACAUCGCUCAAGGCCACGUUGUACCCAUUUAAUCUUGAGUUUCCAAGAUCAAAAAUUUGGCCCAAGGAGGGAUAGGAGAGGAUCUUUUGAAAGGAUGAUAAGGAAAAGAAUAAUUUCUUGUUAAAGUGUAAUUUCUUGUUAAAAUGUAUUUCAUUUUGGAAUAUCUCUGGUAGUAAUACAUAACAGUAUUUUAAAAAAAUAGAUCAUUCUGAACAUCCCCAUAUUACCUUACCAUUGAUGGAAAAAGGUGUUAAUAUAUAGAAAUUGAUCAGACCGUUGGGCUUUCCAAAACUGAGUUUCUUUCAUUAGAUCUUGAUUUAAAUGGACUGACACCCUGUGUCUUUAGAGAAGGGGCAUUGUAAUAGGAUUUCUUACAGAUGAAUUUGAUAAUUUCAAGUAUAAUGUUAUGUAUACAUGCUGAAAGAAUGCUGAAAGUACAAUUGUGUUUUUUUGGAUAGCCAAAUACGGGGUUGAUGUGAACGUGUUUUGUUACUCAUUUGGUGUACACCAUUUUUUUUUUUCUCAGAAAAACAGUGUGGUUUUGCCUCUCAGAAGUGUUUGGGCAUUAUUGUGAGUUUCAAUUUUACUACAGUAAAAAUUUGAUGUUUUGUUUGAGUCAACACAGGAUUCAGGAACCAAUGUGUUGGCUAAUAAUUCUUCACCUCUCUGUUUAGAUGAUUGUAAUUUUGUUUGCUGCAUUUAGUUGGGGGUCUGAUGAUGUGAAAAAUAUUACAUAGUGAGGGGAAAUUUGCAAAAUGCCCGUGAGAAGCAGGAAGCCAUCGCUGACCUGCCAGGAUUUGAUGCCAUUAUAAAAGAAGUCUAUAGAUUUAGCCCUUAAAAUGUGUCUUGAAUACACAAAGCUGUCAUUGUGAAUUAACCGUUUUCUAUUGAUUCUCUCAUGUACCCAGAUAUAAAAAUUGGUAAGUUUCUCUUGUCUUCAGAGUACAAUUUGGGUUUUAUUUCUGAAUUUGAAAUGUUCAGUAAAAUGUUUGUAGUCCUGUUGUUCAAUACUGCUAAGUUUUUAUAGUGAAACUUGCUUGUAUUCUGAAGCUUAACGUUUCCUUGCACAUUGCGUUCAGCAGGCCCCUCCGUCUAAAACCUUUGUGGAUGUAGCGUUUGCUGCAUUCACUGUUUCUUUCUUUGUCUUGUUUUCUGCCCCCUGGAAGAUAACUGUGCCAAAGUUUCACUGUAAUUGGGUAAACUUCGUUUCGGGCCUUUAUUUUGAUGAUAGGAUUCUGUGGCUACUGCAUUUAUGUAAAAACAGAGGCCUGGGUAUCAUACCUGAGAAUAUCUUUUGCCUUUAAGGAGUUACAUGCUUGCAUAAAAUGGAAAAUUUGGCUGCUUUGAAAAUAAAAUGUAUUUGAGUGUGUAGCACUGCAAAGAAAAAUCUUAUUUUGGAAAUCUGCUGACCUUAGUAUUUUCCCCAAACUUUCUCAGAGUACUUUGCUCUGAGAACUGUGAUGGGAAUUGAGAUAUGUCAAAAAAGGUUAUUAUUUUUGUUGUGGUCAGGAUAUUAAAGGAUCUACCCAAGAGAAUCCAUUUUUGUUUUUCUGUUAAAUAGUGUUCAAUAACAUGAACCACUCUUAAGAGCAGCUAAUAAUUUCAAAGUGAUUUUUCUUCUAGUCUAAUAUUUACUUUUUUAUCAUUUAUUUUUAAGAGUUAUUUACUGUGAACAAAUGAAAUUGUAUGCAUUCUUUAGUGAGAAGACAACUUCCCGUGUCUGACCACUUUCUCCCCGGGUCACCUCAGCUCUUCUCCCUCUUCGGGGGCAUCCGAGGCAGUUGAUUCUCCAGGCUAAUACCUGAAAAGAUAGAUGUGCCAUGAAAUCCGGGGUCACUGAAUUUCCCCAUCCUCAUUAAGAAAGAACUUUCUCCAAACGUCCUUAAUUACCAGCUCAUGUAAAAGAGGUUCAUUUCCUGAAUUUAAGGUAUUUCCAAGUAGGUUUCAGGAAGCUGACUCAUUGAGAAAGAAAAUAACUAACAGAUACACAAUUUAACAAACCGCCCAAACUAACCUGCUGAAGUCUUUUGUUUAGUCCAGCAAGACUAAUGCUUAAAAUGCAGCCCCUUCCCCCAUGCCCAUCUAGUGUCAGUUUGCAUUUCUGGCUGGUCUCAAGCACUUUAGGUGGAAGUUGGGGAGGGGGUGAGAAGGUGGUCUCGCCCGCUAUGGGUUCCUGCCAGAGGGCGCGGCCUGGCCCAGGCCGUCUCUGUGUACUGUUGAGUUGGUUGUUAUUCCUGGUGUUGAAAAAGUGUGGCAGACGGGCACCGCGCAAACCAGCUCAGCGGUGUGUUCUUGACAGUCACAAUUACUUGUCAGGAUGUCUUGGCUGCACUUUUGUUACGGGAAGACAGUGUAAAUAGUUAAAGAAUGUUAAUAAAAUUGGAACAGUUGGUAAUGGAAUUGUCGCCUGUGGUGUUAGAGGGUUUCUGUUUGUGAAAUGUAUGUAUUAAACAUAAUAAAAUUUCAGAAACAAA